AUGUACCGACUUGGACUUAUGGACAGCACACCUUCCGGCGAUAUCGGAAAGAUAUUUACCCUGACUAUCUGCUGUUCUUUCUUCGGAAUCUUCUUUGUCACACCGCUGCGGAAGUUCUUCAUCAUCCGGACUGCCCGGGAGCUGAAACUCAUGUUUCCCACUCCAACCGCGGCUGCCUUGACGAUCAGGUCCAUGCAUGCGGGCAUAAAAGGAGCCCAGGAAGCUGCUAGCAAGCUAAAGGCACUUGGACUGGCCUUCUUCGCCUGCAUUGGCCACCGCGUCGCAUCAUACUACGCCAUUGGAAUCCUCUACGACUGGCACGUUUUCACCUGGAUCCAUAUCUGGAGCGGUCAUACGUCUUGGGCGAUGAACAUCGAGAGCUGGGGAUGGCAUUUUGAAUGGACGACGGCCUUUAUUGGCUCGGGAAUGUUGAUCGGAAUGAACUCUGCUUGUUCAAUGAUGGCAGGUAGUGUUUUGGCCUGGGGGCUUAUCGGCCCCGUUCUCGUUCACUAUGGCGAAUGUAUCGGGCUCGAUGCUUCCGAUGGAGACCCAAAGUGGAACGGUUACUACAGUUUCACGUCUCUGAAAAACGUUGGGAGCGGCCCUCCGUCUCCGCGAUACUGGCUGUUGUGGCCCGGCGUCAUGGUCAUGGUGUGUUCAUCAAUGGCCGAGUUACUAGUCCAUUGGAAGAUCAUCUACUACGGCUUCAAGGCUGGCUGGAAAUCCAUCUGCUUGUCGGUCCACCAGACUGCCAUGAAACGGAACAAGCGGAUCGAGUUCUUCGCCAAGUACGCCGAGGCAGAAGAGAAGAUGGACGCAAACCAUGUCGAGGAUCCUGCCACGCCUGAUCAACAAGUCAACACAUGGAUCUGGGUUACUGGUCUUUUUGCUUCUAUCAUUUUGGCCUGCAUUGUUAUGGGAGUUCAAUGGCAUGUCAACGUUGGCGUUACGAUGCUGGCUCUGGUCCUCGCCUUUUUAUUCUCUUUCCUGGCCAUUCAGAUUGGAGCUGUUACCGACCAGACACCGCUUACAGCUGCGGCAAAGGCUGCUCAGCUAGUUAUUGGCGGUACCACAACCGGGGCAGGAUACACGGUUCAAUAUGCUCAGCGCAUUAACCUCAUCUCUGCUGGCUUAGCGGCCGGCGCAGCCGACGUUGCUACAGCCCUUACCUCCGAUUUCCGCACCGGCUUCCUUCUCGGUACGCCACCCAAGAAACAGUUCAUUGCUCAAGCUAUAGGCACUUUUGUGUCGGUUUGGCUCGCACCCGGAUUGUUUGUCUUGUUCACCUCGGGCUACCCCUUUGCCGAAGUCGUUACCAGCCCCGAUGUCCCCAUUCCGCUCUCCUCUGGCAUCUUUUCUAUCAUUCUCAGUGUCUUUUCUAUCCUGCAGGUUAUCUUCCGCUACUAUUAUCUCACCGGUUCCCGCGAGAAGUACCAACAAUGGCUUCCCAACUGGGGUGCCAUUGCCCUGUCAUUCGUCAUUCCAGGUCAAUGA